AUGAAUACGUUGUGCAUUAAGGUGACCGCGCCGGGUAAAGUGAUUCUGCACGGAGAGCAUGCCGUCGUGUUCGGAAAGACGGCGGUUGCCAUCAGUCUGGGCCUCAGGGCGAGCAUGCUGUUGAAGACGACAUCUGAGCCUCGCAUCUCCUUGAACUUUACGACAGUGGGUAUAAAGGAAUCGAUACGGUUAGACCUCGUCGACGAGGAACUCUCGAACUGCCGGAGAUACACGGAGGAUCCCGAGGGAUUACCUCACGAAGAACACCUAAUCAAAACUGAAAACUUUGUCAGAGGGUCCUUCCAAGGUUUCGACCUUCUUAAAAACACCCAAAAGAAUGCUCUGGUGGCCUUCUUCUACGUACUCUUUGGAAUAUUCGGCGGAGAACGUCUCGCAUGCGGCCUCGAUAUUAGCUUGGAGUCCGAAUUGACGGUCGGUGCGGGUACAGGUAGCUCGGCGUCGUUCGCCGUGUGCUUAGCCGGCGGAAUGCUGGGUUUGGCCUCCGAGAAGAGGGGGGGAAGUGCGGAGACGCUGAACUUUCAGGACAAGAUGCUCAUAUCGAAGUGGGCGUACAACUGCGAAAGGAUCACGCACGGCACUCCAUCAGGAAUCGACAACACUACGGCCACCUUCGGCGCUCUGGUGUCGUUCCGGAAAGGUGAGAAGCCCCAACUUCUGAACCUGAAACUGGACUUGCGCAUUCUGCUGGUGAACUCGCGAGUGAGCCGCGAAACGCAAGUUUUAGCGCGAAAAGCGCGAGAAGUGGUCGAGAGGAACCGCGAAAUCGGCGAAUGCGUUUUGGGUGGGAUCGACCACAUCGCCAAAAAUGCUCUAAAGAUUUUGCAGAAGCUCUGUUCAGGCGACUACGAAGGGGGGAGCGAUUGUCUCUACGCACAUUUGGCCGAAUUGUGGAACAUGAACCACUGUCUGUUAGCGUCUCUGUGCGUGAGCCAUCCGGCCCUGGAGAGCAUCAGAGCGAGUGCCACGAGCCACGGCUUCGCUUGCAAGCUCACGGGCGCAGGAGGAGGAGGAUACGCGAUCGUGUUAGUACCGCCGAACACCAGGCAGUCUCUUCUAGAGGGGCUCACGCGAGAGCUACUCUCCAAGGGCUUCCAAGUCGUGGACACUAAUCUCGGAGGGCCAGGGGUCACGAUCUCCACGAGCAGUUGA